GAUUCUUAAGAAAUGAAAAUUUUAAACGGAAGUAAAACUACCUGGUGACACUAAGUUGGGAACCAGAUCAGACCUUCCUGGUUCCCCAAAGGCCAGACUGACCAGCUACGAAGCGCUUUAGAAUAUCAGAUCUAGAGAGGAAGAUGGUUGAGGACACCCUUCUCGAGACCUUUAAAAAAAACAAAUUGGAAAUAUCCGAGGCAGUAACUACCCCUUCUCCUUUCCUGGAGAUGCUUCGAGACCACUCUCUUAUCUCUGAGCAAAUGUACCAUCACGCUCAGAAGGAGUACGAAAAAUUGGUCCCUGUGUAUCAGGGGUCCCUAUGUACAUAUGACAUCCUCAUGGAGCUGGAGAAGAAAUUCAGCACCAAGGUCCUGGCAGUCUUGUUCCACCCCACCAACCUGCAGGAGUACCCUCCAUUAGCCCAAAUCCAAAAGCACUUCAAAGAUGUCCCUCUAGAUGAAUCAGCAGCAGAAGCUAGUGUGGAGUGUCCUGUCCAGAGAGGCAGCCUUGAGGAGAAGGCAUCAGUGGUCAGCACCCCUCCAAGCUCUGUCCAAGAUGUCAGUAAUAACAACAAACCCUCUACAAUUGGGAGAAGAAGGAAGCGUGGAGUCCCACAUAGAGUCCACUGGGUUAGGAAGAGAGUUUUCAGAAAAGCCAACAAAGGUCCCAAGGUGAAUUUCCAUCUCCCUGAGCUUCCUGUCACCUGUGGUGAGGCAAAGGGGACUUUACACAAGAAAAAAAUGGAGAAAGGCUCCUGGGAGAAGUGCAUCGAGAUGGCAGAUGGGAAGUGGCUCACCCUAAGGGAGUUUGAAAUCGAAGGCGGCCGCAAACUUGCCAAGAACUGGAAGAAGAGCAUCUAUAGUGGCUGCUACACGCUACACAACCUCAUCGAGAAAAAAUUUCUACCUUGUCCUCCAAGAAUAUUUGGCAAGACAAAAAAGACCUUCCCUGCAGGUGAAACUAGAAGACAGCCAGAAGUCAAGAAAAGGAGACGUUUGUGUCAGGCUGCACCUGCCCAGCAGGAACCAGGAAAGACUCUUCUGAGCAGGUCCUGCUUACCAGCAAGAAGACAAGUAGUUUCACUGGCCAACCGACCAAAGUACCAGGCCCAACUCCGAUCCAGGAAAUGGAUUUCUGUGGUGUGCAGACUGGACAAUGGGCGCCUGUACAAAGAUCGAAUUGUCUCACUCUAUAAGGGAAAAUGCAUCCUGACAGAGAGAGGGUGGUGCACCCCACUAGAGUUUUUGGCCGUAGACCCUGAGUUCGAUAUUGCCACCUGGACCCAAAGCAUCCACAGUGGUGGACUGACCCUGCAGACCCUGAUUGAGAACAACAUCUUGAAGCUUCACCCGGACACCUGCACCUGUGAAAUCUGCCAGGAUGAGGACCCCUUCCCAGAGAAUGAUAAUGUAUGUUUCAUGUGUAAAGAUGGAGGCGAUCUAUUCUGCUGUGACUCAUGCCCCAAAUCCUUCCACAGGGAUUGCCACAUCCCCAGUGUCUCAUCAGAGUGUAGUGCAGAGUGGAACUGCACCUUCUGCAAAAUAAGGAAGAAAAAGGAGAAGGAAGGUCUAGAGAACGACCCCUACCAGCAAGAGUUUAUGGCUAUAAAGCAGCGGAUGUAUCCUGAGCAGCAGCUGAAAUGUGAGUUUAUUCUGAUGAGAAUGUACUGCUGCAGAGAAAGCUUCCUCUUUACUGGAGAUCCACGCCAUUAUAAGGCGUAUUCCUCGCUCGUCAGAGAACCCAUGUGGCUAGACAAGGUGAAGGAGCGUCUCAGUGAUGAGACUUAUAAUACAGUGGAGGGCUUUGUCCUGGACAUGCGUCUGAUUUUUUACAACUGCAGGAAAUUUAACAAGGACAACCACUUUGGUUAUCUGGGAGCAAAGUUGGAGACAAAGUUUGAGAGGGAUUUCAAAGCAGUCUUUGAUAUUAAGGGAGCAGGUGAAGAAGAGAGGCGACUUUUGUUUCCAUGAUUCCCUCCCUCCAAUCCUGGGCUUUGUUCAGGUCCUCUUCAGUUAGGAAUAUUGGAAAUAAAUAAAAUUUUGACACAA